AUGGUCGAGUCAUGGGUGGACUCGAUGGAGACCCUAUUUGAGGACCUUUACACAUUGGAGAAAGAUAAGGUCCCCCUCGCCACUCAUUGCUCAGAGCGAACGGCGAAGGUGUGGUGGAAACGGAUUAAGCAGCAUCGGGCUUUCGACCUUCUGCCGUUGACAUGGGAAGAGUUUCUGGUGUUGUUGUAUGUCAACUACUUCCCCGAUAGCGAUAAGAAGAAGCUCCAGGAGCAGUUUCGGAAGUUGAAGCAAGGAUGCCGCUCAGUUGCAAAAGCAUUGUGGGCGGAGCAAGGAAAUGCUCACAUCUGUGAGGAGCGAGAGGCGUUCGAAAAUGACGGUGGCAAGAAGCGGGCUCAAGGCAGUUAUGGAGCUCAGUCGAGGUCGAGGAAGCCGCCGAAGUACCCGCGAACCCAAUCCAAGAGCCGUGGACCUCAGCGGUGCACUAUCUGUGGUGGAAACCAUGAGCCAAGGACUUGUGCACAACAGGAGGGGAAGUGCUUCACCUGCGGCCAGGCGGGACAUAUUAGUCGCUACUGUCCGGUGAGGGCUUUGCCCGCUCCAUCGAUCGUGUCGGCUCCUGCGAUGCCAGCUCAUUAUGGAGGCGUUCCACCUACUCUGCAACGUCUGGACGUGCGAUGA